AUGAUAUAAUAAAAUAGAGUCCCCCAAAAAAAGUUUACUCUCAAUCUACAUAACUCAGCGACAGAUUAUAUCGACAGAAUUCUAUCAGAGGUGUCAGGAAUGAAAUGUCUUAUUUUGGAUUAGGAAACCAUUGGCAUAAUUUCACUCAUCUACUCUCAAUCGCAAAUCUUGAAGAAGGAUGUCUAUUUGAUGGAAAAGAUUGAUGCUGCUGCUUCGACUAAAUAGAAGCUUUAGCAUAUGAAAGUAAUCUUUUUGAUUCGACCAACUUAAGAAAAUUAAACAUUGCUCCUAUAAGAAAUAAAGGAUAAGAGAUUUUGUGAAUACUACAUCUUCUUCACCAAUACUUUAAGCAAUUUCUAUAUUGAAUAAUUGGCGGAAGCAGAUGACUCCGAUCUAAUCAAACAACUCCAAGAAAUUUAUUUGGAUUACUACAUAGUACAACCAGAUACUUUUACAUUAAACAUUCCCUCUACGAUUGCAUUAACUAAAAGUGUUUCGCAAUGGAAUGCAAAGGAUGAAUAACUAUUUCAAAGAGUUCUUGAGGGAUUGAGUGCCACAGUAUAUAGUCUAAGAAGAAUUCCAAUGAUAAGAUAUCAAGGAUCGAGUGAAAUUUGUGCUAAAUUGGCAUAAAAGCUAAGUUAGACAAUGAGGGAAGAAUAUGAACAAUCCUAAUCCUAGUUUAUGCUUUCAAAUUGUUUGCUCUUGAUUCUCGACAGAAGAGAAGAUCCAGCAACCUUGUUAUUGAAUCAAUGGACCUACUAGGGUAUGCUCCAUGAGUUGAUAGGAAUCCAAAACAAUAGAAUCGAUAUUCGUUAAGGUCAAAAGGCAUUGAAUUAAGCUGCGAGUAUCGGUAAAACAGAUUCAGAAAAUGAGUUUGUGAUAUCAUCUAGUUUGGAUGACUUUUUUGCUGAAAAUUAAUACUCUAAUUUUGGAGAAUUAGCAUAAAAUAUAAAAGACUUUAUUGACAAAGUUACAUAACAGAAGAAAGAGACAGUGCAAAUCAAUUCAUUAGAAGAUAUGCAGAAAGCUGUGGAUAAGAUUCCAGAAAUAAGGAAGAUGAGUGGUAAUUUAUCGAAGCAUGUGGCGUUGAGUUGUGAAUUAUCCAAAUUAGUUGAAGAGAGACAAUUAUUAAAAGUAUCUAAAGUUGAAUAAGACAUUGUCUGCAACGAAGCCAAGUCUGAACAUUAGAAGGCUGUAUUCUAGAUGCUUGAAGAUAGAACGAUAUAAACCUAUGAGAAAUUAAAAUUGGUUAUGUUAUAUGCAUUGAGAUAUGAGAAUUGUGAUAAAAUCUCAAGGAUGAAGGAUGUGUUGAGGGAUUUGGGUGUUAAAAACAACAGUUUAAAUUUAAUCAAUCACUUAUUGGAUUAUUCUGGUAAGGCUAGACGUCAAGGUGAUUUAUUCAGUGAUAAAAAUUUAUUAUCGAAGGCAUAGCAAAAGUUCAAAUCUGUUUUUAAGGAUGUUCCCAAUAUAUACACUUAACAUUAACCAUAUUUUCUUACUAUUAUUGAGUAAAUUCUCAGCAACAAAAUUAAAGAUAACGAAUUUCCAGCAACAAAUUUGCAUUACUUCAGAGAAAGACCUGCUGAGAUUAUAAUAUUUUACGUUGGUGGAACAUCCUUUGAAGAAGUCAAAGAAAUCGGGUUGUUGAAUAAAUAGCCCAAUUCACCAAACAUCUUGUUAGGGGGUACCUACAUUCACAAUUCAAGAACCUUUCUUGCUGAGAUUUGUUAAUUAGCAUAUGAGAACAACAUUGACAUAGUUGUAGAUAAGUCCAACCCUAGGAGUGAUAACAAAUUUCAUAAAUUUUGA